UACUUCCGGGGCGGCACCGAGAAGCUGAAACGGAAGUGGCGUAGGGCAUGCGCCGGUGGCGUGAUGGAGCAGCCGCCUCAGCAACAACAGCAACUUAGAAACCUGCGUGACUUCCUGUUGGUCUACAAUCGGAUGACAGAACUCUGCUUCCAGCGCUGUGUGCCCAGCUUACACCAUCGAGCUCUGGACGCUGAGGAGGAGGCCUGUCUGCACAGCUGUGCUGGGAAGCUGAUCCAUUCCAACCACCGCCUCAUGGCCGCUUACGUGCAGCUCAUGCCCGCCCUGGUACAGCGCCGCAUCGCAGACUACGAGGCUGCCUCGGCUGUGCCAGGCGUUGCUGCUGAACAGCCUGGGGUCUCUCCAUCAGGCAGCUAGCCAUCCCCAACCCGUGGAGGGAAGGCCCUGGACGGACUUCUCUGAUUGAAGGACCCCAGUGGACCUUGGGGUUGGUGAAUCCUAUACAGAGAGAAUUCGAGGUUGCCUGAAAGCUGGGUGUCCUUGCUCCUUUUCCUGGAGCCAAUAAACCCGCUUUUUAUUCUGUUCGAUUUAUAUUCUGGGCAAGGAAACUUUGCCUACUUAAUUGGCACAACCCUUUGUUCUGUACAUAUCCGCUGGCUUCAGCCUUGGCAGCUGAGGAAUUUUCUUCUAUAUGUAGAAGGAAAACCUGAGCAUUUGUAGGCAUCUGGUUAAAGCAGUCUCUGUGUGUACAGUUUUAAAAUGGGUCAUGCUUUACCUUAGUUCAUCUUUACAACAAAACUAUGAGUAAGUGGUAUUAGCCUCAUUUAACAGAUGAGGAAGCAAGAAUCCAGAAUGUACCAGAAGGCCAAUUUAUACAUCAAGAAAUUGGUUCCUGCCCAGAUGACAGGAAAUGGGAGCUCUGUCUAGUUGUCCUUAAGUCUGACUGACUUCAGUGGCUCAUAAUCGUGAGCCAAGUAUUUGUUGGUUCAUAACUGUUUUGUGAACUAUGUCUUACAUGUCUAAAAUUCUGCUGGAUCUAGGAAAGGAGAAGCUAUCUAAGUACAACCGGUCAAAAAAACCACAGGGCUUUUGGGUACUGCCUCCUUGAGACUGGCCACAGAAGAGAAAUGAAACCUGUAAGAAGUCUGGGGUCUUUUGAAACUUCUGCCAUUUCCCCAGCUUGUUACUUUCUUAGUAUUUACAGUCUUCCCAGGAUGAGCAGUAAAACCUUUGAACAAAGAAGUCUGCUUGUCUUCAGGGGCAAUCAGUAAGGGAGAAAGUUGGGCACAUAUUCUGCAAUACAGCCAGAUCUGAGGGAGAGAAACUGAAGGGCUAAAGGGACAGGUAGAUGGCAGUCGUGAUAAAAAGGAUAAAACUAAAUAUUUGGGAAUUCUUCGUUAAUGCUACCUUAAUGUUUCACUGCUUGUCUAGAAUCUCCUAAUUCCAGCUUUCUAUCAUCUGCCCCAUAUUGGUCCCAUGGAAAUCUGUGAUUUCUAAUUCCAGCCUCUCCAUUCUUUUCUCAUUAUUGCCUCCCCCGCCUCCCACCUUUGUGUGAUUUACUUCUGUAUUCAGCAGCCUGAAUAGCAUACCAUUCCAUCACCCUAUUUUCUUGCCACCAUUGGCCAUCUUUUUGUAUCAUUCUACUUAUUCUCUUUUCUGUUCCUCCAAACUACUAGAGUAAAACAGUUGUGUAAUGAAUGCCACUGAAUAUUCAAGGCCUCCAACCUCAGCCAAGUCCUCAC